GGCGCCCCGGUGUACCUGGCGGCCGUGCUGGAGUACCUGACGGCCGAGAUCCUGGAGCUGGCGGGCAACGCGGCCCGCGACAACAAGAAGACGCGCAUCAUCCCCCGCCACCUGCAGCUCGCCAUCCGCAACGACGAGGAGCUCAACAAGCUGCUGGGCAAGGUGACGAUCGCGCAGGGUGGGGUGCUGCCCAACAUCCAGGCCGUGCUGCUGCCCAAGAAGACCGAGAGUCAUAAAGCUAAAAGCAAAUAAACUUGGAAAGCAGAGCUAUUUAGACUUUGCCCAACAUAACUUUAUAAACCAAAGGCUCUUUUCAGAGCCACCCACACAAUCAGAAAAGAGUUGUGUUGCUU